AUGCAAAAAGAGUACAACGUCCUCUUGCAAAAUGGUAUUUGGUCCCUUGUUCCAUCCUUCACAGCAAAGAAUAUUGUGGGAUGCAAAUGGAUUUUUAAGUUAAAACUCAAUCCUAGUGGCUCCAUUGAGCGUUACAAGGCUCGUUUAAUGGCAAAGGGAUUUAGGCAAGUGGCUGUAGUGGACUAUCAUGAAACAUUUAGUCUCGUGGGUGGUCUUUACGGCAGCUCGACGUCAAAAAUGCAUUUCUUCAUGGGAAAUUACAUGAAGAGGCCUUCACAGAUGCGGACUGAGCUGGUUGCCCAGAUGAUCGGCGGUCUACCAAUGGUUAUUGUCUAUUUCUUGGAUCCAAUUUAG